GUGAGAUGGGCGGGGUUAGGACCGCCCAUCGCCCCUCCCCUAUCGGGCGCUGAGCGCGCCAUGGGCGAGGGGGAGCCCAGCAUGGCCGGGUACCUGAUCAGCGGCGACACCGGGUACGUGCCCGAGGACGGGCUCACGGCGCAGCAGCUCUUCGCCUCCUCCGAUGGCCUCAACUACAAUGACUUCCUCAUCCUCCCCGGCUUCAUUGACUUCACGGCUGAUGAGGUGGACCUGACCUCGGCGCUCACCCGGACCCUGUCCCUGAGCACCCCCCUCGUGUCCCCCCCCGCCGGGGGCAGCACCGAGGCCGAGCUGGCCAUUGCCAUGGCGCUGAUGGGCGGCAUUGGCAUCAUCCACCACAACUGCACCCCUGAGGUGCAGGCCAGCGAGGUGCGCAAGGUGAAGCAAUACUCUCAGGGCUCCCUCCAGACCCCAGAGCAGCCGCUCGGAGCCCCUUGGGACAGUGACAGCCACAGCCCGGCCCCGGGGCAGGCACUGACCAAGCUCCGGGACCUGGUGGUGGCCUCAGCGGGGGUCCCCCUCAGGGAGGCCAACGAGGCCCUGGAGCGCAGCAAGAGGGGGCCGCGGCUCCGUGCAGGCUGUGCCCCAUCGCUGGAUGCGGGGUCGCGGCUGCUGUGCGGGGCGGCCAUCGGCACCCGCGAGGAUGACAAGUACCGGCUGGACCUGCUGGUGCAGGCACACGUGGACCUGGUGCUGCUGGACUCAUCCCAGGGGAACUCCCGGUUCCAGCUGGGGAUGCUCCGGUACAUCAAGAGCCGGUACCCGCAGCUCCCGGUCAUCGGUGGCACCGUGGUCACAGCCGCCCAAGCCAAGAACCUCAUCGAUGCCGGGGUGGACGCGCUGAGGGUGGGCACCGGCUGCUUCACCCAUGAAGCGCAGGCGUGCGGGCGGCCGCAGGGCACCGCCGUUUACCGCGUGGCCGAGUACGCGCGGCGCUUCGGGGUCCCGGUCAUCGCCGACGGCGGCCUCCGCACCCUGGGCCACGUGGUGAAGGCGCUGGCGCUCGGCGCCUCCACGGUGAUGCUGGGCUCCCUCCUGACCCCCCCCACCGACCCCCCCCCUGAAUUCCUCCCACCCGAUGCCACCCGUUUGUCGCCGCACCAGGACACGGCCGCUGGCCACCACCACAGCAAGGGGGACCCAUCCGGCCCCAUCCCGGAGAAUUCCAUCCAUCACUUCAUCCCGUACCUGAUCGCCGGCAUCCAGCACGGGUGCCAGGACAUCGGUGCCCGGAGCCUCUCAGUGCUGCGGUCCAUGAUGUACUCGGGGGAGCUGAAGUUCGAGAGGAGGACAAUGGCAGCGCAGCUUGAGGGGGGGGUCCACGGGCUCCACUCGUACGAGAAGCGGCUGUACUGAGGACGGGGUCCCCCUGACACCCCCCCCCCCGGAGCAGCACCGUCACUGGUGCUGCUCUGGGGCUCUUUGCACUAUGGGCUGGACUGCUUCAACCCCCCAGCACCCCCUGGGCAAUGGUGCCUGGGGGGGCCCCAGGGUGCUGCACCCCCGUGAGCCCUUUCUUGGGGGGCACACGGGACCCCCCACUCAGGGUCCCUCCACUCAGGGUCCCCCCACCCUGGGGACAUCCCCACCCAGGGGUCACCCCCAACCCAGGGAGCCCCCUAGAAUGGACCCCCCACCCUGGGUGUUUCCCCUACCCAGGGACCUCAUACCCAGGGAUCCCCCACCUCAGGGUGUCCCCCCCUACAGGGCCCCCCCCACCCAUAACUAGGGAGCCCCCACCCAAGGGACCCCCCAAUCCAGGGACUGCCCA